AUGGACGCGCUGCCCAAAUUCUCGCGCGCUCCCUCCUGGCAACGCCUGUUCCGUCGCUGUGUUGUUGGCUGCCCCGAGCGGCCAGACCCCUGCCCCGUCUGCCCCAACGGCCAGGAAUGCAUCAGUCGCCCAGCUACCUGCGAAUCGUGCCAGAGAAAUAUCUGCGUACCCUCCACCGAAAUCUCCCCGCCUCCUGCUCCAUCGGGUCCAAACGCCGGUGCCAUUGCCGGCGGUGUCAUUGGUUCCAUCUCCAUUAUUAUCGUCCUGGUUGUGGUAGGGUGGUACUGCUUGAAGAAACGCAAAGCCGACAAGGAUGAGGACUGGAUUCCGGAAGUCACCAACAAGCAAGAGGAGGAAUUCAUUGCCCAGCGGAGGGGACGCAUGUCUGCUGUUGGCUCCAUUGCAUCCACAGUCCUGACUCGCGCGUCCAAUGUCAUUCAGAUCGCCUACAUUCCUGGCGUCACCAACCGCUCUCCUCCGGACUCUCCAUCAACUAUUCCCCCAGUGCCGCCCAUCCCUGCCGCCCAAAGACACUACGAUCAACACUAUUUCAUGCCUGGCGAUAUCCGAGACUCCGUUUGGUCCAGCACCUCGGAUGAUACUCGCAGGAGCAUUGCUCCUAGUUUGGCCCGCAGCAGCAUGGCGACUACCAUAUACCGAAACAAUGCAGUUGUCAGUCCCAUACCUGCCCAGCAAGCCUUGCGGGCGAAGGCAGCUAUGGUCAGCGUGAAAUCCGGUCUCAAUAGUCCUAUGUUAUCGCCAAAUGACUCUCCGACGAUGGCAACCCCUGCGGUACCUGCCAUCACGGUGUCACAAAUGAGCAAGGCAAAUGCUCUUGCUUCAAAAAUGGACAAAUCCGACAAAAUGCCCACAAGCUCAAUCGUUGCCCGUACUGCUGUAGCGCGCCCUAUCAACGUUAAGAAACCAAAGUCCAAAAAACCUACUUCAAACACCGCCGAUACUGGAGAUGAAUAUCCCGAUUCGUCGCAGUCGCAGGAUCUCACGACCAAAUUUCCAGCUGAUACAGCCAAGACUCGAGAAUCAAUAAUUUCAACGGCCAUCACCCUUAUUGAUGACGAGUCACCCACGGGGGACCAAAGCCCCUUUGCAGAUAGCAAGUCCUCCACAAAACCAUUGGGUGCCUCGUCAAAAAUCUCGGAAGAGAUUUCACAGCCCGCCGACCAGAGUAUAGAACCGCAAAAUAAAUCUACACGCCGGCACCAUAAUGGCCAACCCUCCAAUCAGAUUUUGGAAAGCACUCCUGAAACAGCCAGCAAGCCGGCCCCUAGAAAUACCGGCCCGUUCUCUGAUGACAAUGAGAUCAGAUAG